CGUAUCCAUUUUCCACAUUCAUCUUCACAGAUCAAAGUAGCUUGGCACAUACAAUUAACUUUAGCAAUGGAUGCUUUAUCUUUAAGUUCAAGUUCAAGCCUAAACAUGUGCAAGCCCUUUCAAUCUCAUGGUCUUUCACUCUCUAAGCAGCAAAGAGUUUCCACUGUGAAGUUUGGUACUGUUUCAUGCAGAGCCACAACCCAAGAAAAUUUGUACAAGUUACUGUCUGUGAGUCCGGAAAGAGCAACAAUGGAUGAGAUUAAGAGGGCUUAUAGAUCUAUGGCUCUUAGGUACCACCCUGAUGUGUGCCACGAUCCCACCAUGAAAGAGGAGUCAACGAGGCUGUUUGUGCUGGUGAAUGCAGCUUACAAGACCUUGUCCAAUCCAAGGCUUCGAGAACAGUACGACAGUGAAUUGGGUCUGAGAAGCAAAGUCAUGAGUGGUGGCAGUGAUCAUGAAAGAUGGGGAAGUGUGGGUGUUUGUAGUGAUUUUGAGAGAUGGGGUAGUAAGUUUCAGGAGGAAGUGAUUGAGGUGAAGACAAGGUCUCGUAGACGAAUGGGACAAAAGGGAGGAUCAUCAGCUACCAGAAUGAGAACACAAAACAUGAAAGACAGACAUUGAUUUUUCCUGAGUCAUAUGUAGUUAUUCUAGUUUUAGGCAUUGAUUCUUUCAUGUAAUCAUUCUGAUACAUAUAAUAGAUAUGAUGAAUUCCUUUUAUACACUUUCCAAGUGAUCAGGUUAAAUGUUAUGCUGUUGGUAACCGAAUUAAAUUUAUAACACUUCAACAUCAUAUUAGAUUAUUACAAAAAA